AUGGCCGAGGCAAUGAAGAACGGACCGUCGCCAACAACAGCAAACGCGACAAUGACGUCCAACAUAGAUACUAUUAACAUGAUGACAACGCCCAUAGAAAACGCGGCCAACAACAACAUCAACAACACCACCACCACCACCACCACCACCUCGGAUCUUGACGAGCUCAUAGCCCUGCAGUGGAAUGAUGGGGGCGCCAAGCUUGUCGGCAUUGACACCCUGGGUGACAAGGGCCCGCAGAAGCAUAAAGAGGCGCGAAAGCGGUACACUCGAAACCCUGUAACUGGCCAAUGUGUCUACGAUCCUACAACUGGCGAAUACGAACACACCAUCAAACCCAUUGUCAAACGCGACGAUGCACCUGUGGAUACCUGGCUGGCUAACUACUCGAACGUGGACACGGAAGUCCGAGCACGAAAGCCCAACAACAAAGGACACAGGGUCCAAUUCAACGAGGAUGUCAUGCAAGUCGAUUACACCUACCACAUUGGUGACGACGGCAAGAGGGAAGACGUUGAAAAGGAUGAACGCAUUAACGAGAUCCGAGCCAUGACUUCACGUUACACUGACGACAUGUAUGCUGAGCUCGACAAGAACAAGUGCUGGGAACGCCUUGAUGUUCCCAAGAUGAAGUGGAAAAAUUAUGUUCACCCCAAUGAGGACAAACGUCAAACGCAUGGUUUCAACUACAACAAGGCAUUCUCUCUCACACCUGAAGCAGUGGAAGAACUUCGACAGGAAGUGACACUGUGGGAGCAACAACCAGCCGAAAUUCGACAUGCCAUUGUCGAAGAAGAAGAGGAACCAAUUGUCGCUGCAAUUGUCCAAGAAGAACAACCAAUCGUCGCUGUCGUCGAGCCUGUAGUAGAGGCGAUGGACAUCGACCAACAACAAGAACAAGAACCAAUCGUCGCUUUUGUCGAGCCUGAUGCAGAGGAAGACAUUUACAUGUACGAAUUUCAACGAUUCGAAGACGAAUACUACAUGUACGACCAACAACCAAUCGUCGAUUUUGUCGAGCCUGAUGCAGAGGAAGACAUUUACAUGUACGAAUUUCAACGAUUCGAAGACGAAUACUACAUGUACGACCAACAACAAACAAUCGACCUUUGGUCGUGCCUCCAAUGGUUCAUGAGGUUCUUCGGGAUGACUGUCAUUGUUGCAAUCUUCCUUGCAAUGUUCUCGACGACAACAACAACAAACAUGGAUCAACAAAUGGUGAUGGACGAUCCAAUGCCGGUGGUGGCAAAUACAACAACAACUGCAAGUGUCUGGUGGGUCGCAAAGCAAAUCUACACAACAAUGGCUGAUCUGGUGGGAGGCAGCUAG